AUGUGUAUCAUUUCAGAUAGGCAUGCAAGCAUUAUUAAGUCAACUUCAACUGUCUAUGAUGAAAUACCUCAUUUCGCGUGUAUAUGGCACUUGUUGCAAAAUAUAAUAAAAAACUUCAGAAAGAGUCAGCAAAAGGUAACAGAAUUGUUCUACUCUAUGGCAAAAACAUAUACCACGAUAGAGUUUAAUCAAUAUAUGACAAUUGUUAAGAAGAUAGAAAAGAGGAUUAAAGACUACUUGUUGAACAUUAGAUACAACAAAUGGUCACGUGUUCAUGCUCAGGUAAAUAGGACUUGGAUGAUGACAUCAAACAUUGCAGAAUCAGUCAAUUCAAGAACAAGACAUGUCAAAGUUCUUACAGUCUUGCACCUCUUAGAAUUCAUGAGACAACUUGUUCAAAAAUGGAAUAACAAUAACAGGUCAAAGGCAAUAUUUUUAGAAUUUUACCUUGGGAAAAAGUAUGAAAAAUUUCUACAACGUAACAAAACUGCAUCAGAGAAAUUAAGAGUUAGAGAUACAAAUGAAUAUGUGUAUACAGUACUUGAUGGCAUUACACAAUUCACGACCAUGCCUCCCAAAUGUAUAGCCAGUCAGAGGAAUGCUGCUAGCACUGAGGUUCCACAGUUAGAGAUGCCUCCACCAAGAACUAGGGGCCGACCUGCAAGGUCUACUGAGGUACCCCCAAUACCUACUGUUCAUACCACUCCUACUUUGAAGGUAGAAUUCAGAGGAGCUAUUGCCAUGCUCACUCAACUGGUAGCUGCCCAGAUGGGUAACCAUAGUUUACCAACUCCUAGCUCUAGCUCUUAA